GAGAGAGAAGUGAGGAGGCGAUCGGAGUGCGGCUGGAUAGAAACUGUUGGAUGCCGGCGUUUUAGCAAAAUCUGGACAGCUACACUCUGGAAGCAUGUGACUAAUUCGGUACCUGUGGGCUACGUGGCACCAUCGCUGCAUCUUCCGACUGAUCUCCCCUGCUAGGAAGGUUGGCCCUCAUCGAGGGACCUUCUCCAAAGCUCUUGCGUGCGUGUGCUCUCUUAUGAGUCCAACGAUAUUCCUCCAGGAAAUGGAGACGUUGCCUAAUUAAGGCAGGAGAAGCUUUUUUGGACGUCCGCUUUAUAUUUGCUCUUGUGAAGUUUUUAUAUUAAACUAUGACCCUUCCUCAUUUCCUUUUUUUGAGAUUGGUUGCUGCUUGAGGUUUUGUGGGAUUAGUCGUUAAACAUGAAGACACCCUCCUUGAAGGAUAUAUUCAAGUCCAAAUAAGCUCCUUGUAAGACACACUGAGGGAAAGACAGCCAGAGAAAAGGGGUGAAACAAUUUGUGAAGGGCAGAUGGCUUUGCUGCUCACAAACCAACAGCCGUAGGAAUAAAAUAUUUAUAUAGGGGCGGACGUGACAUCUGGAAGAGAGCUCGGUGUGUGAUGGUGUCCCCCCUCCUAUCAGUCUCGGAGACAUGCCUGUGCAGGAGAUGGCGGUGAGUCCUGUCAAGUCCCUGCACUGGGAGAAGUUCCCCCCCAUGUCCCAGCGCAGAGUCUACUGCACUCCCAUCUACCACGAAGGCCUGCUCUACGUGCUGGGGGGCUGCAGUGAGACUGGCAUGCCCCUGGACAGUGUGGAGGUGCUUGAUGUGGAGAGCCAGACAUGGAGCCAGAUGCCACCUCUGCCCACAGCGCGAGCAGGUGCCGCCGCCGUGGCGCUGGGGGGGCAGGUCAUGGUCUUGGGAGGAAUGAAUCAGCAACAGACCCCGCUGGCAUCAGUGGAAGUAUUUCACCCAGAUGAGGGGAAAUGGGAACCGAAAGCUAGCCUGGGGCAGCCGUCCAUGGGCACCACCACAGUGCAGAAAGAUGGCAAGGUGUACGCAUUGGGGGGGAUGGGGGCGGACAUCACACCGCAGGCCCUGGUGAGAGUUUAUGAGGCAGAAAAGGAUCAAUGGCAGCCGCUGACCUCAAUGCCGACACCGCGAUAUGGAGCUAUCCCCUUCGUAAAAGGAAACAAAAUCUACGUCAUGGGUGGUCGUCAAGGAAAGAUGCCAGUGACAGCGCUGGAGGCAUUCGACCUGGAAAUGAAGAGCUGGACACGCUACCCCUGCAUACCGAGCCGAAGGGCUUUUUCCUGCUGCGUAACAAAUGAGCGAAGCCUCUUCAGCCUGGGGGGGCUUCAGCAGCCGGGACCGCACAACUUCUACUCCAGACCUCACUUUGUCAGCACCAUGGAGGAGUAUGAUCUGGAUCUAAGUGUCUGGCUCAAACCCAGUCGAACGUCAAAGAUGCGAGAGAAAAGGGCGGACUUUGUAGCAGGUUGUCUAGGUGGACGGAUCAUUGCUGCUGGUGGUCUAGGCAACGAGCCAACACCGUUGGGCUCAGUCGAGAGCUACAAUCCGAUCAAGCGACGCUGGGAGUAUGUGGCGCCCAUGCCCACCGCACGCUGCUCGUCUGCUCUCUUGCAGACCGCUGGCAUGCUCUUUGUGAUCGGUGGGGUGGCGCAGGGACCGAGCAAUGCCGUGGAAGCCCUCUGCUUGCAGGAAACCGUGUGACUCGUGCGCCGAGGGCACAACGCUCACAACGGCGCAGGUCCAAAAUGGCCUUGAUAUGUUCUCAAAUCUUGCGUGGAAAAGGCCUAAAUGCAUGCCUUGGAUAUGGAGGCUAUCAUGCUCACAUACGUUUCAACCUUCAAUGUGCGACUGAUGGAUUCCUCUUGAUGCUGCACAUAUUCAGCAAGCAUUUUGAAAAGAAAAAAAGGCAUCCGGGGACAUUUGCUGACAGAGCUGGACGAAUAAAUACAAGGACAGCUUAGAUUGCUGUGACUGAUAAGGAGAGGGAACUGACGGCUUGUGUUCCUUGCAGAUGUCAAGGAAAGAUGGAAGAAAAAGAGCAAAAAAUAGACACACACAUACGGCAGUAUCCGAAGACUUCACAUGCCUUUGAACUAUUGAACAUUUUUUGAGAAUAAAAGCAGGGUACUUUUCUGGAUAUUAAAGGAACAUAGGGCCAUAUCUGUGUUGCGCUCCCCUGCUGCUGCAUCAGCGAGCUGACAUUUUUCUAUGAUUCUUUUUUUUUCUUUUUUCUCGUCGUAAUACGCUUAUGGGACACUUUAUUUUUGUUCUUGAGUGUUGUUAUAGCAUUAAUAGUUGCUAUUGCUGGUGACUUUCACUAUCUCAUAAAGAUGAGUGAGUGAUUCCUUGUAGGCAGUGACAAUGGUGUCGUGUUGAUUACUACUGAGCAAGGCAGGUAAUUGUGACUCCUAUAGUAUUUGGGCUGAUGCUUUAUUCACUGGGUAACUUAAGCCUGAGUUUAAAUGGACACCACAUGGCUCACUAAUAAAAAAAAAAAUCAUAUGUCAUUAUUAUAAAUGAUUAAAUAAAUAUCCUCUAAUACACAACUCUGGUUAAGGUAAACCCUCCUCACUCACCUUUGUUGGAUUUGAAAUAAACCAAUACUUGACUUAAUGCUCAAUAACAAUGGUAAAUGGUGUGCAUUUUUAGAGUAAUUGAGGAUAUUGACUUGUAUGACGCAUAUACUUUCUCUUUUCGCAGGCAUACAUUGAUAAUUGAUAGGCACUAGAUUAAUGUUUGCCAUCCUUAAUAUUGCCAAGGCACCUAAUUUACAUUUUGGUACACCAUUAAAUAGCCCCCCAAAUAAAAAUUAAUACUGAAAUAAUGCUGAUCUCAUCUCAAUUUACUCACAAAAUGAUUUACUCUAAGGGAAUUUUGAGGCUGUUUAAUUAAACACUAAGCUUGUACGGAGAAGCCAUGACUAAUUCUGUUGUAGGAAAGGCAACAGGUGGACACACAGGUUCAUUGUACCUUUAGACAUCUAAUGGAAGAAGAGCAUUGUUUUCUUCUGCCUGUCUAUGUCGCUAACAUUGAAAGAAAAAUAUCCUUUUAAUCAUUUUCAGCCAAAUUAGGUCAAAUUGCUCAAUUUUCUCCUGGCACACAGCAUCCUGGUUAGCAAUCACCACACUACAUGUCUAUCCGUAAUGGCUGAAAAUUCAGUGCCAUUGACCAACAAUGUAAAAGAAACACAACUAAAAUUACUGAACAUAUUUUAAUCCAAGUCCUGGAAUAAUUCUUCGCGCGUUGGACUUGAAAAUGAAAAGAAAGUUAACAUUUCUGUUGACUAGUUGUGAGUUAUUUAUGUAGUAGUAUUUUUCUAUCAAAUUUAAAUGUAAUUUAAAUGUAUGUGCUUGGCGUUAAGAGUAUACUAUUUAAAGUACUUCAAAUUUGAAAUAAUUUUAAAAAAAAGUAAUUUAAAAUACUGAAUAUACGCUUCUGUCUGGCAUACAAAAAAAAACAUUUCUGAGCAAAAUCCUUUUGAGAUUUCCUGCUGCCUGACAUGACUGCAUUCAAGCAUGUCAAAGAUCCAUCCACAUCCACUGCCACAUCAUCUGUUGUUGACCACAGCCACUGUGCUUCUUUAAUCUCCAGCCAUGAGCUGCAAAGUGAUUUAUCAACACUGACGUUAUCCGUCGCACUGUAGUAGGCUUUGUUGUUGGGUCGUUGUUUAUACACACUCAAUCAUAGCUACUGCAUCCAAUCCGCUCCUCAGCCGGCAUUACCGAUGUUUGUUGCAUUUCCCCCACCCGCAGUCUCAGUUCAAUGAAUGACAGCAACACAGUGUAUUUAUUACCUCAGCUUGAUAUCAAGCACAUUUCAGAUUCGACAGAUAAAUCAUCUCAAGGUAAUGUGAGCCAGACAGCUUUUGGAAGCAUUAAAUUGACUUGAAAGUACCGAGCAAAACACUUGUUGCCAUAUCAUUGUUUGUUGGGUGGACGGUCCACUCAUCUUAGCUUGUUCCCAAUAGCACCAGCCCAGAUUUGUUUUGUCCACUUUCUUGGUAUACGAAAUUGUUUCUUUCACCCAUUCGUAAUAUUUGGGUGAAGCUAACCAAUUCUGUUUGCUCCGAUGAGUUGAAUUUUAAACGCCAUUGACAACUUGAAGCCUUGGCACAAUUGGUUGAUGCACAGCGGCCCACUCUUCUGGGCAAACAGCCUCUUGUGCCUGUAAAUUCUUGAACUGUUCUGCAUGAAGAGCACUUUUGCGGUUUCUCCAAAAUGACAUUUAGAUUUAAGGAACCUGAGACAGCUCCAGGAUAGAUUCAGAGCCAAUGAAUUGUCAACUUGGCCUUGCGUUUUGGCUCGAUAUCUUGCUGAAGGCCUCAACUACAGCAUUUGGCUAAUGAAUACAAAUGAAUCUCAUCUUGUAUUUUCUUAUGUAUCUCAUGAGUGCAAAUAGACAGCUAGUAUUUUCUGACUGGCUUCCAUCUUGCCAUCACUAUGGACCCUGUAUGUUUGUAACUCAAACAUUCUCAAAACCAAGUGCUCCACAGCAGUGUGUCACAGUUGGAAUGUGUGUACUUAAGCCAUGCUGGCGCCUCUCCAAAUGUACAGUUUAUGGUUGUGGACUUAAAGCUCCAUUUUGAUGGAACAACUUCAGAUGUUUUAUUUUGGUGCUGUUCUGUCUGCAGGCUUUCUUGUGGCAUUGUUGUAAUAAUUGCUUUUGUCUGGUGACCCGACCAUGUAGUCUAUUUUUCUUCAACGGCCUCCUUAUUGUUCACCUUGAGACAGAAAGUCCUGCAUCUCACAAGUUAUGUGUGGCAUUUCUUUGUCCCCUAAAAGAUAUUUGUAAUGUUUUGACAGUGGCUUAUUUCCACUUGAAGUUCUUUUUAUGUAAAGUAGAACGUUUCUAUGUUUUAUAAAGUUCGACAACCUCCUGCAGAUGCUUUGAAUAUUGCUUUCCCCAUGGCUACAAACACAGAAGUGGAUGAAAAAUAUAAAGUUCUUUUAAAAACCCAGAAAGUCACGCAAACACAUAUUUCUGACAUCAUGAUGUUUACCUUUCACUUUUUACUCCUUUAGUAGAUGUGUUAUUAAAUUCACCUUUUGAUAUUUACACACAUGAAAAAAUACUCGGAAAUAAAAGCAGAAAUGCUUAAGCGCAAAUGGAAUAAAUUGAUUACUUGUAGCUGUAUCAGGAGAAAAGCAAAUACAAACUUUCAAUAUAAUUAUCACUGAAGAACCACCAACACCUAAUGCAAAUGAAAAAAAAACGUCACAGAAUGUCAAUGAAUUAAACUAAACAAGGUAAAUAAAUCUAGAAUAAAAUCAGACUGGGUGUUCAGAUGACAAGAAUAUACAUCAGAUGUCUGGACCAGCUGACCACUCAAUGACAGAUCUGAUGUAUCAUUUUUACUUACUAUUCCUUUGAUGCAUCAAAGUGACUCAUGUAAUUCAAACUAGAGAAGUCUCUCUGAUCAUAGGAUAGUAAAUUCAAACAUAGUCAGUCGUGAAUACGCAGGAGAGGAAAAGAAACAUGCUUCAGAUGAGUGAAAGAUAGGCAGAGGACCAGAAACACACGCACUCGCACACAUACGUGCUUUUCCUGGCUGUUGCAGUUUAAAUUGCUGGUCUGCAUCCAGACGGAUCUUAUCUUUUUUGCGGAAGCACAUGAGGUUGGUGCCAGUAGACAGUCGGUUAUUUUUGGUGUUCACCAUUUGAUUAUGUUGGGUGCAGGUCAUACAGCACAGCGAGAGCACACGCACGCAUGCAUGCACACACGCACUCACACUGGAUGCUCAUGACAGAGCAAAUCCAUUUUCCGCUCAGUUAUGAUAGCACAGUUCUAUCUAGGAACAACUCGAGGGGGAAAAAAAGGCUUGUAAGCCAUGAAGUAAAGCAAUUUGGUUGUGUUUUUUACCCCAGUCUGAUAUUGCGGCGGACUGUUGUGUCAUUCUGGCAAAGUAAAACAGGAAACUAUUGCAGAUUUAAUACAUUUUCUAUAUAGGUCUAUGGUCGGAUUUACAAUGGUGAAACUGACGUGGGUGGUUGUGAAACUGAACCAAUGUGUCAGUUUGCAAGCAAAUGGGUGUCUGCACAUUUCUGGCACAGUUCUGUAAAACAUCCAUUUGUUAGGUGAGCCAUCUGGAGCGGUACAAUGACAUCGUCUAAAUGCGUCUUGUGUUUUUCUCUGCUAUAAAAAAAACCCUUGAAAUAAAUCAAAGGCUUUACUCGGUUUCCCACCCCUUUUUUUUUAACAUCAUCUCUCUCACUCCCUCAUUGAUCCAUAGUUGCCCAUGGAUAUGAUUUUUGCUGGAGUUGCAGGUUGGUUUUUAAUUGUAUUAGAAUUGUACUUGUACCACCUCUCACAGGUUGUUGGGGAAUAAGAGCAGGAUGAAUCAGAGGCAGAGCAGGUGCAUGCUGUAUCGUUUAAAACAGGCUAUGAGCUAAUGAUGCACAAGCCUGCUUGAACGUGGAUGUAAAUGCAUUCUUGUUGAAAGCAAAAAUAUAUUACCAAUCUAAUUCCCAUGGCAGCAGGUAUUCAGGAUAUGGUUUGAGCUCAUUUAUUUCACCAAUUUUCCAACUUUGUGUGUUUCUUAAGACUUUUCCAAAGAGGGUUAGAUUUAGUUAGUUAGUUAGUUAGUUAGUUAGUUAGUUAGUUAGUUAGUUAGUUAGGUAGGUAGGUAGGUAGGUAGGUAGGUAGGUAGGUAGGUAGGUAGGUAGGUAGGUAGGUAGGUAGGUAAGUAGGUUAGGUAGGUAGGUAGUAGAAAGCAUUUAUUAUGUUUGUGCAGAUGUGUCAUAUUUCUCACUAUGGGGACUUGUAUUCAAUUUUGCUGAUCCAACAUUAACUUACUCAACAAAACAUGACUGUAUAUAUUAACAAGUUCUCAAAUCAUCCACGGUCAUUACUACCUGAAGGACCGAAGUGGGAUCUUACUUAUUUAUUGAUUUAUUUAUUUGUAACAUACAUUUGCCAUAGGUCAGCUGUCUUUUGUUACAUUUCUUUAGCAUUAGUAACUUUACUGCCACUUAUAGGACAGUCGUGUAAUUGUUUAUAAUUAGAAUGCUCAAAUUUAAAAAAAAGCCUUGCAAAUUUGCCAUUCCAUGGUGGUGUUGACGAUCCGUACACAUAUGUAGAUAAAAAGAGGCUUCAAAAUUAUGAAAAUUCAACCUUUCUAUCUGCUCUCAAAGGCUGUGCACCUUUCUGCUGAAUGUGCUAAAACACCAAAACUCUGCUCAUCUGUCAAAUGUUAAACCUAUAGUGGAUAAGCACACAAACCAACCUACACUUGUUAGUCGGAACAUUGAAUGACUUCCGACCGGUUGUCCGAUUCUGUCACUGGGCAGUUCAAGUUCUGACAUAGGUGGGUAGGAGCAACUCAUGCCAGAUGCCCAACUGUGUCUCUGGGUGGCGAGUUAGCCACUAAAAAACAGGAACAAAGAAAUGCUCAAAUAUAGUUUAUCACUAUGGGCUCUAUUUCUUUGUAUAAGCCCUGCACAUCUUUAUGUGUUAUAACUGCACAGAGACAGGUUAGAAUUGAUGAACAAGGGUGGGUUGCGCCGCUGUGGGAGUAAUAAUGAAUUCCCUUAAAUGCGGCUACGAGAGUCACAUCACAGAAGCGCGUGUUGGGAAUGUUGGAAGAAGUAGAGAACCUGAAGAAAACCCAUCCAAGCACGAGAACACAAACACUACACAAGAUAGUCGGAGACGUGAUUUCCCCCCCUAAACUGGGAGCUUGUUUUGGUGUGCCGUGGAUGUCCAAAAUAAAACUCAGGCACUCAUGACUAAACAAUGUGGGGUGACAAAUGCGGAUAGAAGAUGCUGAUGCAGAUAUGCUAUAUCCAUACAAGCUGUCGUGAGUAAUUUAUCAAUUUUUUUUUAUUUUUUUUUAAUCACACACUGAUAUCAUGCUCCCAUUGAGCUGUUUUAGGGAAACUUUAAGACAGAAAUGAGUGACAAUAGCAGAUGCCAUUGGGUGUCUUGUUUCCUCUUCGAACAAUGUCCUGUCAAAGUAAUGAUGAUAAUAAUAAUAAUAAUAAUUCAAUGUUUGUGGUUUUAGUAUGGGAGUUAUUGGAGAUUGUUUGUAAUGUUUUUUAUAUUCAAUAUAUAUAAAUUAUGGAUACUUUGUGUUGUGCAUUGAGAUUGUUAGAUGACACCCAUGCCUUGGUGUUGUUUUGUUGAGUUCCUGCUUUCACAAGGGUUUCUCACCAGUAGCUCCAGUUGAUUUUCAGUGUGGAUGACAUCAAACAGAAGUGAGCAAGCUGUGGCCUGCAGGCCACUCUGCCCUAAGCAUUUACAUUUUCAAGGGCCCUGAUAUAUUGCUUCAAUUUUAAUUUUAUUUCUACAAUCUAGUACAUUUAUAUUUUAUCAAAUUAUCAAAUGAUUUGGUUAAUUUACUUAUGUAAAUAAUAAAUUAUGACAUGAAUUUACCAAUUUGUUAAUCACUUUAUUUCUAGUUUACAUACAUUUUACAUAUUCUACUAUACAUUUUUAUAAAACACCUACAAAUCGCUUGAUAUAAAAAAAAUUAAAAAAAUAUGGCCCUUGAACACAGAGCUUUGCUAACCCCUGAAAUCAAUGGUGAUCAUGUGAGUGUUGCAUUAAAAACUGUCGAUGCUAUGAGCCUUAAUGAACACUGUUCACUUUGACUCAGCAUUUGAUGUAACCACAGUUGAUUUGAUGAUUAAAAUGAAGCUAAUGUGGACACAUUUUGGAAAGCAAGAGAGGAAUUCUGCUCUUUUUGUGAUCUCUCUUGCUGUGCUGUGCCAUUUCCCUGUACAGUGAUCAACAUGAUAGAAACCUGGGGAAAAAGGCUUUGUGCUCAGUGUGUGAUCUAUGUCUGUAAAAGUGAUGACUGCACUGGAUGAAAUGAUCAGAAAAUUAUAUGAUGGCAUGCUGGGAGGUGAGAUCAAACCAUUAUCAUAUUGAUGAUUAUGUAUGUCAUAAUGCUUUAUUUCCCGCGUACGUUGUCAUCGCUAUGACUAGACGCUGAAUAUCUUAUUUCAUAAAAAUGCAAUCAUAAUUGCAGUCAGCAAAAACGUCCCUCGCACUGAUCCCUACAUAUCCUGUUCUAAUGAGAAUUUAACUGAAAACUCUUCAAAGAGUAAGAUUCCUUGCUGUUCAUUUCUAACCUUUUAUCACCCCGAGAACUGACAAGUUGUCAGUUUGCUAAAACUUGCACUGAUCACCAACAGAACAGCAGUCAGGCAAAUGUAAUAUUCUAAGCCUGAUUCUGAAAAUAGUUUAUUUUGACUUCAGCUUCUCUGAUAUUUGCAUUGAUUAAGUAACUAAAAGGAAUGGCAUUUAUGUACAUAGUUCUGCUAAUUACUAAAGUAAGUCACGCUGAGAUGGAAGGUAGAUUUUACUUGCAGAGGUAAAUCACUCAAAAGAGCUGUUGCAGAAUUUGCCUGACAGGCAAACCGCAAUCACAUUGGCAAGAGGCACAACACGUAAUCUCUGCUAAUAGUAGAAAACAGCUGAGACCACUAAAUGCCCCAUUGUGUGUCAUUUUGGGUAAUUGUACAUCUGUGCCAUAGAUGUACAACCCUAUUAUACCAAAAAUAAUUAACACUACUUGAUCCCUCUAUGAACAAGAUACCAGGUGUGCUUUUUCCCAACCAUGCUGUAUGUCAAGAGAAGCAACAAGAUGUGAUAUUGUUGUAUUUCAUUGAAAUAAUGGUAACCAUAUUAUUUGUUCGUGUUGUGCUUCUCAUAACAGAUGAAUGUGAGACUUUAUUGUGUUCAAGCUGUAACAGUUGAAUUAAUGUGUAUGUAUUUCAGAGAGCAAUCGUUUAUUCAUCUGCUUGAUAGAUGAGGCUGUCAUGGAGAAAUAGGCCUCCCCGCAAACUUGACACACACCAUUAAUGUGGCUUCAGAAUAGGUUUUUGAUCCAUGCAGUUCAAGAUUCAGCCAUACCAAUGAAGCACACCAUAAACUACAUGACAUCAAUUAUUUUUUACCUACCGUUAAUGCAACUCACCAACUGCUCCAAUGUUUACCGUUUUUUCCAUGUACUAUAAUGCGCAAAAUUUAACAAAUUUAUUGUCCUAAAAUCUGGGGGUGCGCAUUAUACAUGGGUACAUUUUUUUAUCCGUACAUCAUACGGAGGCCGCCAUUACAGAUGCGCUUUCUUCUUUGCUGUUCACUUCAAACACGCUCCAUACGAACACAAUGCAAUCAGACGCAUGCUCGAUCUCCUGCUCGUUUGCUGCGACAAUGUACCCUCCACAAAUCCGAAACAUUUCUUUGCUAUUGAGUUUGCUAGCGCAUGCGCAGUGAUACUGACCGGCAGAAUAACAUCCGGUUGUUCCCAAAGAUGAUCUUUUUUCUGAAAUAAUUUUACGUUUACGGACUUAAGUAGGAGUCAAAAUUUGGGUGCGUAUUAUACAUGGGUACAGGCUUUUUUCCAGCAUCAACAUGCCAUUUUUAGGGUGCGUAUUAUACAUGGGGGCGCAUUAUACAUGGAAAAAAACGGUAGAUUGUAUUUCUGUUUGUCACUCAGGUUGAUUAAAUGAGGAUGAUGUGUCUAGCAGGUGGUGGUUGCCACAGCAGGGCAGUAGUACAGUGCCUAUAAUAAAUGUGAGGUAGUGCCUCAAAUAUGAAUAUUGUUCUAUAAUAAACUAUUUUGACUUGCCGUCUAAAUCUCUUCUGUUCAACAACUUGUUUCCGCCAUUUUCUUUGUUUCCUUUCCGUGCUGCCUUAGCAGACAAAAAUGAGAUGAUAUUGGCAAAAAUACACGGUGAGACCAUUCAGUACAUAGUAUAAGCUUGGAUUUGAUUAUUGCAAUUUCACAUUAGA